ACUUUAGACGUGCUUUGUGGCUGAUCGGUGCGGUAACAACCUAAGUAGAGAUCUCUGACACUUUGUGGGGGAUUAGAUUACAGCAGGCCUGGAUAUUUUUUGCAAGUUUGUAGUGAUGCUUAUCAGCUGCUACUCAGAAGAAAUCGUUGCAGAAAAGGGAAGAGUCUAUCUUAAUUACGGCAUGGAAUUAGCCAACGAACAUCAUAUCCCACAAUCCAAAGCGCUGUGUUGACAUGCAACAAUGGCGGCUUCCACUGCCAAUGUGGAAGGUAUAACAGGACUGUUAAAUGAAUGUUUAUCAAAGGUUGGAUUUGAAGUCUACCCUCUAAAGGUUGGUUGGUAUAACUCUGUGCUGCCUCCCACCCUGCGCCUGGCUUACCCCGAUAACAGCCUGGCUGUGGUGUUGCUCAGCACUCCUGCUAUGUUUGAACAAGCCUUCCUGCCCUUCAUGGAGGAGAAAGGCUGCCAGGUGAUGUCUGACCCCAUAGACCAGUGUGUCAAACACAGCGUCUCCUCUGCUGUCUCCCAGUGUUUCCCAGGACAGGAAGUGGACGUGAGAUAUGACUACGAGAUGCUGCCCAGCAGGAAGCCGAAGUUCUUGGCGCAGACUGCGGCUCACGUGUCUGGAGCAGCUUUCUACUACCAACAGUCUGAUGUCAGAGACCAACCCUGGGCUGAAAAAAAGAUGUUCGGAGUGUGUGUGCAUCCGAGGUUCGGGGGCUGGUUUGCCAUCAGAGCCCUGUUAGUGUUCGGAGGUGUGACGAUAGAUUCUGAGAUGGUGCAGCCUCUUCCUCCUGACUGUGUGCCUUCCAGAGAGAGCAAGAUUGAGCUGCUAGAGGCUUUUAACUUUCACUGGCAGGACUGGAGUUACAGAGACAUCGUCCGUCCAGUUCAGAUUUACUCUCAGAAACAGAAGGACUACUUUUCCACUCUUCCUGCUGAGCGGUUUGCUCUGCUUCAGACUUGGGGCUUCCUGCCGAGGGAAAGCGAUCAACCUGAUUUGACGUCCGACGCACAGAGCCAGGUCGCCGGACAUGGCUGAAACAGCAGCAGAGGGGAAGUAUCGCACAUCCUCUCUGAGAACAAUCCUCCUGUGCUAAUGUGAGGUCUUGGUGGAAGCUUUUUAAGGUACAAGGGACAUUCUCUGCUUAUGGCCUCUAUAUAAUGUUUGUUUUUUUUAUCAUAGUUUACACAACAUAUGUUCACUCAACUGAGUAUAGGCACCUACACUCAUGAUGUCCUCGUCCAUGGUGUGAAACUGGAACAUAAUCAAGUUUGUAAUUUUGUUAAAAUACAUCUUUUGAAUAGUUAUAUUUGUGUCAUAUUGUCAUCACACAGAAUACAGACAUUUAAGUAGCUUGCAGUGACUUUGACUUUGCACAUUGUUUCAUUUGACUGGAUAUAUGUUAUAUCUAUAAUAUAUUAUAUUUAAAAGGGGCUUCAAGAAACCCUGUAUCACCGGCCUGCCUUCGAUUUGUAUCUUUACUACUUGGUACUCGAUCACAAAGAAAACUGAUUUCAAGAAUAUUUUCAUGUGAUUUAAUAGUCAAGCCAUUAACAAUAAAUGCAAAUA